UUUAAUUUUUAUAUAAAUAAAGCUAAGACUAUGCGAAAAACAAGAAAAACCUGUACAGAAAGACUUGCUAUCUCAGAGGCGAAAAAGCAAAAAACAUACCCUCUUGCACAGAGAAAGUUUGCGUCUGCUUAUCCAUCCAGUCCAAGCCAAAAGGAAGUUGAAACAUUACCAAAAAGGCCACCUCCUAAAGCUGAAGAUUUUAUUGAAUUUCUAUGUGUACGUCAUGCACCAUUUAUGUCACAAGAGUUGGAAAUUUUUACAAAGCCACUUGUUACAUCGCAUUCCAACUCUGAUGAUGAACUUUUUGAAGACAAUAAAAUUGAAAAUGUAAGUCAAAAUGAAAAUAAAUUGCAGAUGGAUCUUGCGUUUAACCCUAAGGUGAUAUUAAACAAUAUUGCAACCCAUAAAAACAAAAGUGAUAUAAUUCAAACUGUAAAAGAAUGUGAUACAACAAUGAUGGAUGUUACUAUACAACACCCGGACUGUGAAGAACUUAAAGAUUUUUUUAGUCUUGUUUGGAAACUUGCCCAGUCACAUGAAAUGGCAUAUUUAAUUUCACCACCAAAUGACUGGAAAACAUCUUCCUUCAUUCAAGAUGAUUUAAAGUUUUAUGUAAAAACGAAACAUAUACACAGACUUCAAGUGUCAUCUUCUGAAAGUUUUAUAGCAUUACACUGCAUCAAAAAGCAACUUGAAAAUGACUCUGUUACCAAAUUCUCCUCUAUCCCACAACUGGGUCUGUGUGAAAUGGACUUGCCACUCUUACUAGAAACAGUGAAGAUGUUCGGUGGGGUAGACGCAGUCAACAGUGAUCAAAACUGGAAAUUAGUGGCUGAUCACAUUAGUAUACCUAAAACUGCAUCCAGGAGAGUCUCAAGGUUGGAAGAUAUUUAUUUAAAAUAUAUUUUGCCAUAUGACUUAUUGCCAGAUAAAGAAAAGGAUGAUAUACGACAGUUGGUUGAAGCAAAUUUAGACAUACUGUCGAAAAUGCCAUAUGAAAGUGUUAGCGACAAACAAGUUUCAUUGGUGACAUUUCACAGAAUGGCGUGCAACUGCCAAACAAUGUAUUGGAAGCAAAAUGCUAGUGUUAAAGAGACUGAAAAACAGUUUUGGGAAUUUGUCAGUGAUGGAAGCAGACACAUUGCAGCUGUUUCAGGUGAAAUUGAUCUAGCAGCAAACCCUCAAUCAUUUCGGCCUACAAAAUCUAAAGGUUUUUUGUGUCUUCAAGACAUUUAUUUGAAACCGGAAUCUGCCUUUAAAUGCAUGGGAAAAAUACCAAGUAGGUUGUUGUAUUGUUGUUGUCGUCGUCAUAUUUUGUGUGUAUAAAAGAAAUUAAAAUCCAACAAUUUUAGCAAGAGAAAAUUUCUAAUUCUGAUUUGUGCGUGCAUGCGAAAUUUUACAUUGGAGGUAAUACUUCCCCUUUAUAUAAAUUGUUGAUAGGUUUUUGUAUUAGUGUAAGAUAAAUAAAUAAGAGCCCUGACACUAUAGACUUUUUAAGCUUUUUGGGAAAAGGGUGAAGUCAAUCAUCAUCAUCAUCAUUCUCGGCUUAACGUCCGUUUUCCAUGCUAGCAUGGGUUGGACGGGGUAUAUUAAUGACCCUCUUCCAAUCUGAUCUAGACUGUGUUAGAUCUAAACUCAACUUCCUCUCUAUCAAGUCUGUCCUUAUAACCUCCUGCCAAGUCUUUCUCGGUCUGCCUCUGGGCUUUGCCCCAGGAACUAUCAAGUCUCUACACUUUCUUACCCAAUUAUCCUCCUCCAUUCUUUCCAAGUGCCCCAGCCAAUUCAAUCUUCUUAUCUGGAUAACAUCUUUAAUUCUACAGAGACUUAGCCUGCUUCUUAGCUCAUCUGAACUCUUUCUGUCUCUUAGACUGGCAUUACACAUCCAUCUAACCAUUCUUAUAUCAUUCCUUUCUAAACGGUCAAGAUCUUCCUGCUUCACUGCCCAUGUCUCACUACCGUACAACAUAACACUUCUUACACAGGCCUCAUACAACCUACCUUUUACCUCAAUUGACAGGACUCUGCUAGUCAAUAAAGGAAGUAACUCUCUAAACUUUUUCCAAGCAGAACCUAUCCUGCAAGUAACACUUCUUCCAACACCCCCUUCACUGCCCAACAUAUCACCUAAGUAACAGAAGUUCUUAACUAUCUCUAACGAGCCACUGUUGUACAUCAUUAAAGCUGGAAAUACUUCAUUCUCUAUAAUCUCACCUUUGCAACGCUUGCAUACAAACUGUAUGCCAGCUCUUAACCUUCCACUAAUACUACUGCACUUCUUAUGUACCCAAUGCUUGCAAGUCUGACAAAAAAUUGAGUUACUACCAACCCCUUUCCUGCAAACUCCACAAGGCCACUUUCCAACUACAAGGUCACACUUGGCUGCAAUGCUACUUAUCAUGACUUUAGACUUUGCUGUGUUUACCUUCAGCCCUUUCUCUUCUAGUCCUUUCUUCCACUUCUCAAACUUUUCAACUAAUUCUUCCAUCGACUCUGCUAUGAGAACCAAAUCAUCUGCAUACAAUAACUCCCAUGGGCAACCUGUUCUGAACUCAAUCGACAGCGCUUCUAAGACUAGAAUAAACAACAAAGGACUAAGUACAGAACCCUGAUGUACACCAACAUUUACACUAAAUUCAUCACUAAGUGAAUCGUUAAUCCUGACACGACUUCUAGCAUUGCUGUACAUAGACUGAACCAUCAUAACUAGCCACUCAUCCACACCUAAUUUUCUCAUAGCCCACCAAAUAACUUUACGUGGCACUCUAUCAAAAGCUUUCUCUAAAUCUACAAAGGCAAAAUAGAGAUUCUUUCUCUUUCCUAAAUACUUUUCCUGAAGCUGUCUGAGUAAAAAUAUUGCAUCUGUAGUGCCACGCCCUGGAACAAAACCAAAUUGCAUCUUAUCUAUAUCAAUUCUUUCUCUAAGUAACUUAUCAAUCACUCUUUCAAUAACUUUCAUUACUUGAUCAACCAACUUCAAACCUCUAUAGUUACCCCUUUCUAAUGCAUCACCCUUGCCCUUGAAACAAUUCACUAUUACACUCGACUGCCACUCACUCGGAAUAGCACCAUCCUUUAUAAUCUGGUUAGCAAGACUUGUAAUAAGCUCAACUCCAACAUAUCCAGAUGCUUUUACCAUCUCUGCAACAAUACCUGAUACUCCUGCAGCCUUGCCAAUCUUCAUUUUCCUAAUAGCCUCCACUACCCAUUC